UAUAUAUCAAUAUAGCUAUUGUCAAAAUAUAGAUACAGAUUAAAUUGUGUUUUUUUUUUGUUUUUAGAAAAUUGUGAAGAAAUACUUAGUUUUACGCAAUUUGAUAUCAAAUGUGUCCGGUGAAAACGAAAGAAUGUUAGGAAUGAAUCGUCGUGGAAUUAAUACGGUACCUACAAUGACAUCUCAAGCAGCUAUGGACGAGAACAGUUGGAAAAACAUAAAUGUUGCCGAGAACUCAACGCUUUUAAACAAUUCAAACAACUCUACUAUGAAUUCUGAUGGUUCGAAUCAAAGUGGCUUUCCCCAGAACAGUAUUGCGUAUAAUUCAAGCAAUAGUCAAUAUCAGCAAGGAGGGCAGUCUUCUCCUGCUGGUAAUCAAUCAAUCAUUUUUCAAAACACCAAUCCUCCGGGAUCUAAUACUCCUCAGUAUACGUCUUCGCCUGCUCCAUCUGGUUCUUCGACACCGGGACCCGUCGUACAACAAAAUAUUGCAGGUUCUUAUAAUCAAUCUACGGGUUCGGGGUCAUUUAAUGGCCCAGUCGGGGGUCCAUUUGGUUCACCAUCUUCAAGUUUAGGUCAAUUUAACAGACCAUCAAGCUCAGGAACUCCAUUUAACUCCACCCAAGGUAGCCAUUUUACUUCGCAAUCCGUUUUUGGUGUAGGUGGCCAAUUCAGUACAUUACCAAGUGGCUCUCCGUUUAGUCACACAGGCAGUCAUCCAAUGAUGGGAAGCACUCAGCAAAUAGAUCGUAUGGAACAAGGAUUUAGGCGACAUAAUUCUUAUUUUAGUCAUACUGAGCAUCGUGUUUUUGAAUUGAAUAAAAGGCUUCAGCAACGCACAGAUGAAAGUGAUAACUGCUGGUGGGAUUCUUUCACCACUGAAUUCUUUGAGGAUGAUGCCCGAUUAACAAUACUAUUUUGUUUAGAAGACGGACCGAAAAGGUAUACCAUUGGGAGAACACUAAUACCACGAUUUUUUCGCAGUAUUUACGAAGGAGGAGUUUCGGAUUUGUAUUUCCAGCUUAAACAUGCAAAAGAGUCAUUUCAUAAUACGACCAUUACGCUUGAUUGUGAUCAAUGCACAGUCAUAACACAACACGGCAAGCCAUUUUUUACUAAAGUAUGUGCCGAUGCAAGACUCAUACUAGAGUUUGUUUAUGAUGAUUAUAUGCGUAUAAGAUCUUGGCACAUGACAAUCAAGGGACAUAGGGAACUUAUUCCAAGAUCUGUAAUAGGCACUUCGAUGCCGCCAGACCCAAUGUUGUUGGAUCAAAUAACGAAGAAUAUUACGAGAGCGGGCAUAACUAAUUCCACGUUGAAUUAUUUAAGAUUAUGCGUUAUACUUGAGCCUAUGCAAGAAUUAAUGUCUCGACAUAAAGCUUACGCUCUUAGUCCUCGUGAUUGUUUGAAGACAACUUUGUUUCAAAAAUGGCAGCGGAUGGUUGCUCCCCCAGGAAAAAAGGAUCCACAAAGACCGGCUAAUAAAAGGCGUAAACGAAAAGGUUCAAAUUCAGGUGGUGCGGCAAGCGCGGGUACGCCUCCUGUAACUAAUCAAAAGCGUUCACCUUCGGGCCCGAAUUUUUCGCUGUCUUCGCAGGACGUAAUGGUUGUUGGUGAACCAACUUUGAUGGGCGGCGAGUUUGGUGAAGAAGAUGAACGAUUAAUUACAAGAUUGGAAAAUACUCAGUAUGAUGGGACUAAUGCGGUGGAGCAUGAAAAUCAUUCUGGUUUUGGCCAUGCAGACUCUCCAAUAUCCGGAGCUAACCCAUGGAAUAUCGACCGAGCAGGAAAUAUCCCAUCUAGUCCUGGAAAUCCAUCUGUGCAGCAAAAUAAUACGAAUAUUUCCGAAAUCGACAAAAAAAGUCCAAUAGUUUCACAAUAGAUGUGCAUCUAAAAUUAUGUACGUAGCUGUAUUUAACGUAUGUAUUUCAUAUAAAUGGGAAUAAAUUUGACAUAAUCGGAAGUAACAAUAAUAUGUAACUAAGAUUGUAACUCCUUUGGCUUUUUUAUUGUAAAAUAAAGUUGAAAUAUA